GAGCAGAGCCCCUUAGAGCCCCGGGAUGAGGACAGCGGGGACACCGAGGACGGGGAGCAGGGCCUGGGGCACCGGUGACAGCGCUGGGCAGCGGCGCCUCAAGCGGGGUCAGAGUACACGGGAUGAUAAGGAAGGGUGUGAGGGAGCACGAGGAGCGGGGACACCGGGGAAGGCAUGCUGAGGACGCCAGGGACAGGGGCAGCAGAUUCACCAGCCAGGGACAUGGAGCACCCUAGGGCUGGGAGAGCAGGGCCCAGAGCUGGGGCUGCUGAGUUUUGUGGGGGACAUACUGUGCCCUCUGGGUGAGAGGGCAGCAGGGCCUCAGUGGAGUGACCGGGACACCAGGGCUUGGUAUCACCAGGUGAUGGGGAUGUGGGGACACCAGGGCUGGAGGCAGCAGAGUCUCAAGGACACCGAGGGGCCUGUGGGGCAUGGGAGCCUUGGGCCGGGGCCAUCCAGGAGGCUGGGGCUGUUGUGUGCCCGUUGGGAACACAGUGUAACCUCCCAUGUUUAGUCUGGAUGGGGGAAUGUGGGGGAAUGUGACCUUGGACCCUGGCCGGGAGCGGCUGUACAUGGAGCCGUGUCCUGGUCAGGGACAGAGCAGGCCUGGUGGUGGCAGAGACACUGCCCUCUCACCCCAUUCCCCACCCAGACACUGCUGGCACUGCCGACGCCGCAGAACCCCACGCCAGCUCAGCCGCCCCCGGCCCUGCGGCAGGCAGGCCCAGGCAGGCCGUGCCAGGGGUGCUAGGAGGGGCUCAGCCUAAUCCCACCAAGCAUUUCCCAGGCAACCAUUCCUCCAGGGAUCACGAUGGGAUCAUGGCGGGCACUGUGCCACUCCCUGCCUGCCACCCCCAGUCCAGACUUGUCCUCCCUGUGCCCCUAACUCUGCCCCGCUGGGAGAGAGGGUCCCCCACAGCCUGCAGCCCCUCGCAGGCCAGGAAGGCAGGGUAUCCGCGGCCCUGUGGCACCUGCCACUCCCAGGUCCUGGCAGUCCUCUGCAUGGGGGGGGAGGCAGGGGCAGCAAUCUGCCCAGCUGUCCCCUCCUGUUCCACAGCGGCUGGAGCCAGGGCAGGGGCAGAGCACAGGGUGCCAGAGCCGGUGGAUGCUCAGGGGUCUGCUCCACCUGGCUGAUGCCCAGAACCCCUGAGGCUGCCAGCUCCCCUCUGUCCAUUCCACCCCUAUGUCCAUCCCUGGCCAUGUGGGCUGUGUGGUGUGGGGAUCACCCUGCCCAGCUUCUAUGCUCUGGGACAAAAGUGUGGGGCUCCUCCGGUCCCUCCUCUCCAGCGCAGACUGGGCUCCAUGCCCUCCCCAGCCCUGUCCAUGUGUCCUGCGGGGCCAGGGGCUGCCAGUGGGGCCGAUUCUGCUGCAGGAACGACUGCCCCAGUGCUGGCUGUGCCCUGCUGGCCCCAGAGCAUUGGGCUGGCAUGAGGGCCAGGGUAGUUAUGUCCCUGGUGUCCUCCUCCCGGGGCUCUAAGGGGCUCUGCUCCCCGCCAAGGGCUUGGCCAAGCUCUUGCACUGGGGGCGGUUCCGCCAGGGCUGUGGGGUGCUGGAGUGGUUGGGCUGGGUUGACUUUGGUGCUGGUGGGACCGGUGCUGCCGGGUUUGGUGGGGCCAUGCAAUGCUGGGGCGGUUGGGCCAGGUUGGGUUUGGCUCGGGUGGGACCAGCACUGAGGGCUCAAGGCUGUUCAGCUCUGGGGGUAGCCGUGUUGGGUUUGGCUCAGGUGGGAUUGGGGUUGACCUGCUGUGGGGCAGCUGCGUUGGAUUUGGCUCCACUGGGACUGGCUCUGCUGGGCUCGAGGCUGUCCUGCUCCAGGGGUGGUCGUGUUGGGUUUGGCUCAGGUGGGAUUGGAGCUGUCCUGCACCGGAGGCAGCUGUGUUGGGUUUGGCCAGUUCUGCCGGGGCUGGUGGUGCCAGUGCUGCGGGGGGCCUGGGUGCGACUGUUUUUGCAGCCAUUGUCUUUGUGCUCUUUGAAGACGCUCCAGUUUCCUUCAACGGGGCAGGUGGGGCGGCCCAGGCGUGGCCAAGCCCAGCCCAGAGGGAGGAGGAGGAGGAGGAGGAGGGUCCAGCUGUUUUUUCCCCCCACUGGGUCCUUGAGGCUGAGACAGAGCGAGCGAAGGUCCCUGCAGCACUGAUACGUCCCUCCUGCAGCUGCCAGCGCCAGGCUGAUGCUGGUCAGGACGUGUUGCCGGGGUCAGUUGUGCCCAUGAGGCCGGCAGGGCGUAGGUGGCUGGGCAGCAGCAGCACCGGCAGGGCAGCGGCGCAGGGACACGCUCACCAUGGAGUUCACGGCCAUCGACUACAGCAUCUUCGCACUGCUGCUGGUGCUGUCAUCAGCCAUCGGGCUGUUCUAUGCACUGACCGGCGACCGUCAACGCACUGUGCAGGAGUUCCUGCUAGCCAACCGUGACAUGGGCUGCCUGCCCGUCGCCCUGUCCCUGCUGGCCUCCUUCCAGUCAGCGGUAGCCAUCCUGGGCGUGCCUGCUGAGAUCUUCCGCUUCGGCACCGAGUACUGGUUCCUCGGCUGCUCCUAUUUCCUGGGUCUGCUCAUCCCAGCACACAUCUUCAUUCCCGUCUUCUACCGUCUGCGCAUCACCAGCACCUAUGAGUACCUGGAGCUGCGCUUCAACAAGACAGUGCGAGUCUUGGGCACUGUCACCUUCAUCUUCCAAAUGGUCAUCUACAUGGGAGUGGUGCUCUACGCCCCCGCACUGGCCCUCAACGCAGUGACGGGCUUUGACCUCUGGAGUGCGGUGCUGACGAUGGGGCUUGUCUGCACACUCUACACUACACUGGGUGGGCUGAAGGCCGUCAUCUGGACAGACGUGUUCCAGACGCUGGUGAUGCUGGCAGGACAGGUUGCCGUCAUCGUGGUGGGCGCAUGGCGGGUGGGGGGCAUGGCCCGUGUCUGGCGCGUGGCUGAGCAGGAGGGCAAGAUCGCCGGCAUUGACCUGGACCCCAACCCCCUGGAACGUCACACCUUCUGGUCUCUGGCUGUGGGGGGGAUCUUCAUGAUGCUGUCGCUGUACGGGGUGAACCAGGCGCAGGUGCAGCGCUACCUCAGUGCUCGCAGCGAACGGGAGGCCAAGCUCUCCUGCUACGCCGUGUUCCCCUGCCAGCAGAUUGUGCUCUGCCUCAGCUGCCUCACUGGCCUCGUCAUGUUCGUGUAUAACCAGGAGCACCCGCUGGCACCCACCCAUAGCUCCUCUGACCAGCUGGUGCUGUUCUUCGUGAUGGACGUGCUGCGGGACCUGCCGGGGCUGCCCGGGCUCUUUGUCGCCUGCCUCUUCAGUGGCUCCCUCAGCACCAUCUCCUCUGCCUUCAACUCACUGGCCACGGUGACCAUGGAGGACCUGGUACGGCCGCACUUCCCUGAGCUAUCGGAGUCGCGGGCCACGUUGGUCUCCAAGCUGCUGGCUCUCGGUUACGGGCUGAUAUGCCUGGGGAUGGCGUAUGUGUCCUCCAUGCUGGGACCUGUGCUGCAGGCAGCCAUCAGCAUCUUCGGCAUGGUGGGGGGUCCUCUCCUGGGGCUCUUCUGCCUUGGCAUGUUCUUCCCUUGCGCCAACCCCACAGGAGCCGCCGUGGGGCUGCUGGCUGGACUGGUCAUGGCUUUCUGGGUAGGCAUCGGCAGCAUCCUGCACGGCACAGGAGGGGCCAAGGGGGUGCCCCCAGCCAACAGCACAGUGCUCCCCACUGUGGGCAACCUCAGCACUGUCCUGGCUACCACCUUGCUGCCCCCCACAUCAGCACCCCCAAGCCCCACGGGGCUGCAGCGGUUCUACAGCCUGUCCUACAUGUGGUACAGUGCCCACAACUCCACCACUGUCAUCCUGGUGGGGGUCCUGGUCAGCCUGCUCACUGGCCCCACGCCGGCAGCGGCACUGGACCCCCGCACCAUCUCCCCUGUACUGCCAUGGCUGCUCUGCUGCCUGCCCCCCAAAAUCCGGCAGUGGUUCUGCUGUGGGGUAGGUGACCCUGCCCAGGCCCCUGGCCAUACGGAUGCCACGGAGAAGAGCAAUGGGGUGCCCAAUGGCCUGAUCCCCCCUGGCCCCGACCGGCAGGGGGAGGAGGAGGAAGGACAGGGCUACAUCCGCAGUGCUGGUGCCCCCUCCUACACCCUGCAGGAAACCUCCUUCUGAUACCCCCAGCAUGAGGGUCUUGGCCACCCCCGGUCAGGGGGCUCAAACCCUGGUGGGGCAUCCACAGACAGCUGGGGAGUGCCGAGUAACAGGCGGUUGGGUCUCUGCAGUGAUGCUGGUGGGCUGCCCCUUCAGGGGGCUCUGGGACCAUGGCUGGAGAUGUUGGAGCAGUGUCCCUGUCCCCAGGCCGGGACGUUGUCCGGUACCCCCAGCCCAGCCAUGUGCCUUACACACCGCUCCAGGGCUGGGGCUGCCCGGAGCUGUCGGGGUGCCAAGUGGACCCUGCAGCCCCUAUCACCUGUCUUUGUGUUUGGUGUCCCCCCAAUAAAUGGUUCUAGAGCACA